CAGUGCGUCCAGUCAGCUGAUCCGGGCGCCAUUUUGUCAGCCAUUUCCUUAGACCAGUCUGUUGCCAGUCGGUGAGUUUGCAGUUACAGGAGGAGGACGGAUCCAGCUGGCCUCGCCUUCUUCAGGCUAGGAUUUAGCAGACUGUAGUGUUCUUCUGUGAGGACGAUACUCAGGUGGAUGAAAGACUGUCUAGCAGGCCUAUCAGCUCGGAAAACACCGCUUGGUCUCCCCGGACAGGAGCGACUGGGGGCUUGGCUUUGCAGCAGCAGCCAUGGCUUUAAAGAUCGUUAAAGGGAGCAUCGAUCGGAUGUUCGAUAAAAACCUUCAGGACUUAGUACGUGGCAUUAGGAACCACAAGGAAGAUGAGGCCAAAUACAUCUCCACAUGCAUCGACGAGAUCAAGCAGGAACUCAAACAGGACAAUAUUGCCGUCAAAGCCAAUGCAGUGUGCAAGCUCACCUACUUGCAGAUGCUUGGAUAUGAUGUCAGCUGGGCUGCAUUCAAUAUUGUUGAGGUGAUGAGCUCUUCCAAAUUCACCUUUAAGCGAAUCGGUUACCUGGCUGCCUCACAGUGCUUUCAUGAAGGCACUGAUGUCAUCAUGCUUACGACCAAUCAGAUUCGCAAGGAUCUCAGCAGUCCAAAUCAGUACGACACUGGUGUGGCUCUGACUGGCCUCUCCUGCUUUGUGACCCCUGACCUGGCCCGUGACCUUGCCAACGAUAUUAUGACUCUGAUGUCUCACACUAAGCCAUACAUUAGGAAGAAGGCUGUGCUCAUCAUGUAUAAGGUGUUCCUGAAGUACCCUGAGUCUCUGCGGCCUGCCUUCCCCCGACUCAAGGAGAAACUGGAGGACCCAGACCCAGGUGUACAGUCGGCAGCAGUUAAUGUCAUCUGCGAGUUGGCCAGGAGAAACCCCAAGAACUACCUGUCCUUGGCCCCCCUUUUCUUUAAGCUGAUGACCUCCUCCACAAACAACUGGGUCCUCAUCAAAAUCAUCAAACUGUUUGGCGCCCUUACCCCUUUGGAGCCUCGUCUAGGGAAGAAGCUGAUCGAGCCCUUAACUAACCUCAUCCACAGUACCUCUGCCAUGUCUCUGCUGUACGAGUGUGUAAACACAGUGAUUGCAGUGUUGAUUUCUCUGUCCUCUGGGAUGCCCAACCACAGUGCUAGCAUUCAGCUCUGUGUGCAGAAACUGCGAAUCCUGAUUGAAGACUCAGACCAGAACUUGAAGUACUUGGGUCUGUUAGCUAUGUCCAAGAUCCUAAAGACGCACCCAAAGUCUGUGCAGUCACACAAGGACCUGAUCCUGCAGUGUCUGGAUGACAAGGACGAGUCCAUCCGACUGCGGGCUCUGGAUCUUCUCUAUGGCAUGGUCUCUAAGAAGAACCUGAUGGAAAUUGUCAAGAAGCUGAUGCUGCAUGUAGAUAAGGCUGAAGGCACCACAUAUAGAGAUGAGCUGCUAACCAAGAUCAUCGACAUUUGUAGCCAGAGCAACUACCAGUACAUCACUAACUUUGAGUGGUACAUUAGCAUUCUGGUAGAGCUAACACGGCUUGAAGGCACCCGCCACGGUCAUCUCAUUGCUUCUCAGAUGUUAGAUGUGGCCAUCCGUGUGAAGGCCAUCAGAGAAUUUGCUGUGGCUCAGAUGGCCAUGCUUUUAGAUAAUGCACAUCUGCUGACAGGCAACACGCAGCGCAAUGGAAUUUGUGAGGUCCUCUAUGCUGCUGCAUGGAUCUGUGGGGAAUUUUCUGAACACCUGGAGGACCCCAUGCAGACGCUAGAGGCCAUGUUGAGACCCAAGGUGGCAACUUUGCCAGGCCACAUCCAGGCUGUGUAUGUGCAGAAUGCUGCAAAGCUGUUUGCAACAUUGCUGCAGAAACAUGAGGGGACAGAAGACAUCCAGGUUGCUCAGGAGGCUAGUCAGAUGCUCAUAGACAGACUGCCUCUGUUUGUCCAGAGUGCUAACCUGGAAGUACAGGAGAGGGCAUCCUGCAUUCUACAGCUAGUAAAAUAUAUUCAGAAGCUGCAGCAGAAGGAUGUAGAAGUAUCUGUGGAGGUAUCUGCGCUAUUUGCAGGAGAACUUAACCCUGUGGCUCCUAAAGCUCAGAAGAAAGUGCCUGUGCCUGAAGGACUGGAUCUGGAUGCUUGGAUCAAUGAACCUCCAUCUGAGAGCGAGUCUGAAGAUGAGAAGCCCAAGACUUUGUUUUCUAAAGAGGAGCCCAAGCACACUCGACCUCGCCACACUGAAGUUGAUGAGAAAGAGCUGGCAAGGAGAAGGGAAGUCAGGAAGCAGGAACAAGCUAACAACCCCUUCUACAUUAAAUCCUCCCCGUCCACUCAGAAGGCGUAUCAGGACAUGCCAGGUGUAGAGCACAUUCCAGUGGUACAGAUUGACCUUAGUGUGCCACUCAAAGUUCCAGGGAUGCCCAUGUCUGAUCAGUACCUGAAAUUGGAGGAGGAGCGUCGACAGAAGGAGAAGGCAGAGAAGAAGAAGAAAGAGAAAAAGAAGAAGAAAGAGAAGCGUGGGAAAGGGAAGAGAGAUGACUCUGGCCCUGAGAGUGAGGAAGAUAUCACACCGGCUCACCACGUGGAUAUAGUCACUGAGGAGAUGCCAGAGAAUGCCUUACCAAGUGACGAUGACGACAAAGAUCCUAAUGAUCCACACAAAGCCCUGGACAUUGAUUUAGACAAUCUGCUUUCUGGUGCUAACUGCAGGCCCCUGGCAGACAGUGAGAAGCUGCCAGUGAGGGGACACCGCCUUGAAGUUGUUAAGAGCCCUGGGACAGAUGAAGACGGAGAGAGCAUCCGACAGGAGCCUAAGAAGAGGAGCAUCAAGGAGAAGAAAGAGAAGAAGAAAGACAAGGAGAAGGACAGAAAGAAGAGCAAAGAGGAAGAGAAGAAGAAAAAGAAGAAGAAACACAAAAAUGAUGUGGAAGAUGAGCCAGUGGAUCCUCACUCAGAAAACUCCGUGCAAUCAAAAGAGACCAGCGUGGCAGCAGCCCCAGCUACCUCCACAUCUGGCGAGGCAUCUGAUUUGGAUUUCUGGCUCUCUAGUGCUCCUGUUCCCCCACCUGCCAAGGAGGCACCGGUUCCACCACCAGCCACUGAGGUGAGUGUAGCUGCAGCCCCAGAUUCUGAUUCGGACGAGCCCAAAGAUGAAGAAGUGAAAUCAUCUAAACAUAAGAAGAAAAAGCAGAAGAAAGAAAAAGAUGAAAAGGAAAAGAAGAAGAAAAAGCGGCACCACCACCACCACCACCAUCACCACAGUGUGGGAGAUGGGAGGGAUUCGGUACAGAACGGCACCGUGGAGGAAGAGGAGCCACUACCGCCCAUGUCAAACUACUGCCUCCUGGCUGAAAACACGUACAUUAAAAUGAUGAAGGAGGAUACUGAUCAGGUGUACGAUAUUCAGGGAAAUUUGCAGGAUGGCAGUCAAGUUGUUGUGUCGGUCAUCUUUGAGAACAAGAGCAACAACUUCUUGAAGUCCAUGGAGUUCAAUGUGCUGGAUUCCCUCAACUCAAAACUGCAGCGGCCGGAUGGAGCUGGACCCCAUGAUGGGCUUGUUGUGCCCUUCCAGCUGCCACCAGGUGUGUCAAAUGAGGCCCGCUUCGUGUUUUCAGUGCAGAGCAUUGUGAUGCCUCAGAAACUGAAGGGAACCCUCGCUUUCAUAGUAAAGUCAGAAGAUUCCUCAACUCAUGAGAAACUGGACUUCAAACUGCACUUUACCUGCACAUCAUAUUUAAUCACAACUCCAUGCUACAGUGAUGCAUACGCCAAGCUUCUGGAGUCUGGGGACUUAAAGAGCAGCUCUCUGAAGCUGGAGGGAAUCAACAUGCCUUUCCACCACCUGUUGGCUAGAAUCUGCUUUCAUCACCAUUUUUCUAUUGUGGAGAGGAUCGACUCCUGUGCCUCCAUGUAUAGCAGGUCAAUCCAGGGUCACCAUGUUUGUUUGCUGGUCAAAACCGCUGAUCAGACGGUCUCCAUCGACGCUAAAUGUGAUGAGCCUUCACUGCUGGGGAAUGUGCUGGAAGAGAUAAAGCAGACCUUCUCACAAUGCUGAUUGUGUCGGAGAGACCAACAGUGCCCUUGACCUCUCAUUCCCAUGUCCUCUUGCUGAAUCUGACACUCAGAAUCAUAUCAUAAACACUGAGGCUGGUUUCCCCUCGUCUCUACCUACAUUAUAUUUAUUGGAACUCUUGAUUAGAGUUAGCUUACUCUUUUAUUCCUUUCUUUUUUCUAGUCUUCUUGUGUGUCAGCCUCAGUCUGUUGUUCGAUCUCACUAACCUUUCCAUCCCAUUCUACUCUCCCAUUGUCUUAAAUGUCUAACUCUCCACUUAUUAACUGGAUUUAUUUGUCGUUUAAUGUUGGUUGAUAUGUUUUUGUAUUGUGUUGGAUUUUGUUUGUUCCUUUCUUUCAUUUCUUUCAUUUCUUCUCCUCUAUGCGUCUUUGUUUAAUCUUUGUAGAAAACGUGUGUGUGUGAGAUUGAAACCCUUUUAUGGAGUGUGUUCAGUACAUGAUUUUUUUUUUUUUUUUUUUUUUUUUUUUUUAAGUUUUAUGCCUGAAGCUCUGGCUACCUUUCUUUCUUAGCCCUCAACCUAAAUUUUAGUUCAAAGCCAUCACUAUACUGCCCAAGUAACCGUAAUACAUAAGCCCUGGAAACAUGGUUCCAAAAGUGUUAACUAAUGUGUUUUGGUUACUUCUGUAACCUUGUUUCAAUUUACUCACUAAUAAUCCAGUGGGUUGUUUUUCUUUUAAAUAUUGGAUGACUGAAUCAGAUGUCUGUUCUUCUGUUUUCACACUGAUGGAAUAAAUCAAACACAACAACAUUUUAUCUUAUGUUAGUUUUCCCAUUAUUGUAAAGGACACAGCUUUACAAGAUUUCUAGACACUAAAAGACGCUGUGGAGGUUUGCAGUUAAUGAACAAUAUACUAAUGUGGGAGAAUUAUUUACUAAGUUCAGUACUCCUGCUGGCUGCUUGUUUAACAUCAGAACAAGAAACCAGAUCGAUGUCUCUUGUCGAAGGCUCCACAUACAUUAUGAAGGAUUUUGAACAAAUCAGUGACCAAGCUAAAAGGAUCAGCUGAAAUCAUUUCUUCAGUCAGUAUUGUACUUGUAGUGGUUACUUGUAUCUCUGUGUUUAUGGUAAGCUGCUUACCAUCUUUCUGGGAUGUGUCCUCCACCUCACUUCUGUCUGCAUCACUUUUACUUCCUGUGAACUGGACGAAGGCCACACUCAUGCCUGUGUUUGUUCUCUUUCUGCUUUAUUCACUUUGGUGCUUUUUUUUUUCCCCCUCCCCAUUUCAUUUUAUUUUCCCACUCUAACGUACUGACUAAUCAAAGAAUCGACUCAAAUGGAAUCCGUUUUGUUUACCUGGUCCAGCACUCUGUAGCACAUGAUUGUAACAUCCAGCUAAAACAGAUGGCUUCUCUUCUGAAUGUUCUGCAAUUAAUUAGGAUUUGUUGUACAGUUCUAUUUGAUUGAAACAUUUAAAUGACUAACUAGCCAGUGGUUUAAGGACAAAAAUAAAAAUUAAUACAGAUGAAGGUAAAUGCUGGACAAUAAGAUUCAGACUGUGUUUAUAUAAAUGGCCAACCAGUGAGAUGUGUUCCCCAUUAACGUGUACACAUUUAGGUAAUUAUCAGCAUGUGAAUGCAGCUUUUGGUGGAUUAUGUCUGAAUGGAAAGUGUAAUCUAUAUGAACACAGGCUAAACCAUGACCUCCGGAGAAGCAACUGUAAUUAUUUUUUAAAAGAACAUUUUCUGUGCAAAGUUAAUUUGAAAUUAAUCUUGCAUAAAUGGAAAUGUAUAAUUUUUGUUUUGUUGUAUGUGUCUAAAGACAAGCAUACAAGUCAUCCACAGCAUUCCUUUUGUUGCUUUCCUAGAUUUCUUUUAUGUAUAAAUAUAUACAGUAUAUUAAGUGUAUGUUGGCUUUAUCAUACUACACUUUGGAUCGUAUAAUGUAUUUUUAUCUGUUAAGAGUAUGUACAAUUUAGGAAAACCUUGGAAUUGUUUUAAACCUUACGUUUUGCAUUAAAUUAUCCAAUUAGAAGGUCAUGUUUUCGUUGAUGUUAAAGACACUGAGAAUAGGGUGUAACCAGCACAUAAAAGCAGUCCAUAUACUGAUGCCCUUUCCAUCUGUCCCCUGCAACUGACAACCCCUCAGCCCACCCUAGCCUAGCCCAUACGCCAUCUUACCCAAUCAACUGUAGCGCAAACCUUGCUGGAUUUUGCUUGUAUCACUCAAUGUACUCUCAGUGCUCUUCGUUUGAAGGUACUGAUUCCUUCAACUAUGUAUUUUCUGACUGUAUGAUGUAAUAUAAUGUUUCAAGAAUAAAUGAGAAUGAUCAGUGAUUUGCUAUUUACAUUCCCUUUAAUUGAGAGGUUUACUCAGCAGAAUUAUGAUAGAUGUAGGCUGCUGUAGUUUUCUUUUGUUGUGUGAAAGUGGUGUACCAAUAAAUUCCCACUUCUAAAUGA